CACAAGAUCAUCAAGCAGCCCAUGGACAUGGGGACAAUCAAGCGACGCUUGGAGAACAACUAUUACUGGGGGGCUGCGGAGUGCAUGCAGGACUUCAACACCAUGUUCACCAACUGCUACAUCUACAACAAGCCCACCGAUGACAUUGUGCUGAUGGCCCAAACCCUGGAGAAGAUCUUCCUGCAGAAGGUGGCCCAGAUGCCACCAGAAGAGCAGGAGAUCGUGGUACCGGUGGCCAAGAACAGCCAUAAGAAGGGAGCGUCCCGGGCAGCAGCGCUCCUGGCGGGACUCACGGCUGCUCAGCAAGUGCCGGCUGUCUCCUCCGUGUCCCACACCGCGGUCUACACCCCGAGCCCCGACAUCCCCACCACCAUAGUCAACAUUCCCCACCCAUCCGUGAUCUCCGCUCCGCUCCUCAAGUCGCUGCACUCCACCGCCCCGGCCGUCCUGGCUGCGCCCGCUCCCACCCAGCCCGUGGCCAAGAAGAAGGGCGUGAAACGGAAAGCCGACACCACCACCCCCACCACCACGGCCAUCAUCGCCACCAGCGGGGAAUCCUCGCCCUCCGCCACGCUGCUGGAGGCCAAGGCCGCCAAGAUCCCCGCGCGACGGGAGAGCGGCCGCCCCAUCAAACCCCCCAAGAAGGAUUUACCGGAUUCGCAGCAGCACCAGACAUCCAAAAAGGGCAAACUAUCGGAGCAGCUCAAGUACUGCAACGGGAUCCUCAAGGAGCUGCUCUCCAAGAAGCACGCGGCCUACGCCUGGCCCUUCUACAAACCCGUCGACGCCUCGGCCCUGGGGCUGCACGACUACCACGAGAUCAUCAAGCACCCCAUGGACCUCAGCACCAUCAAGCGAAAGAUGGAGAACCGGGACUACCACGACGCGCAAGAAUUUGCCGCCGACGUCCGGUUAAUGUUCUCCAACUGCUACAAGUACAACCCGCCCGAUCACGACGUGGUGGCCAUGGCCCGCAAGCUGCAGUGCGAGGCGGAGGCGACACUGGGGGCAGAGGACGGAGAGUGGCGGAGCAGCUGCGCAGGGGCAGGAGUUUGUUCAGGAGCCCUGUGGGGAGAGAAGAGGGGGUGA